AUGAACACUGACGAUUUUCAGAUACGGCAGAAUACCCGGCCAGGUGCCAAGAAACUACUAGAAGUGGAUCCACGGCAAGUGGUCAUUCGGCCGGAAGUGGUAAAACUUCCGGGAUGUUUCACUGUCGAAAUCACGAAUAUCCGGGUGUUGGAUCAGGAGGAGAAGAUCGGCAAUAGUUUCUUCGCCAAAGCCGAGUACCAGUGGUGGAAUGUGAAAGAUUUUUCAAAUUUAAAGUGCCAAAAUGCGAGCAAUAACGGCUGUGGCGGUUACGGAAAUAAUUGCUACUACUGCGACAUUUGUGAGAGUCUCAGUGAGUUACAAAAUGCGCGCAACAAAUCAACGCUCGCCGACCAGCUAAAAGGAAUUAACUGCCCAACACAUCCCGGUUUCUACACAUUUCGGUACGCCUUCAUCACAGCAAUUCUGCGAAAAAUUAAUAGCAAUUUUUGA